AUGCUUCCAAUGACUCCUGCCCAAGCGCCACCACCACUGCAGUCCUUGGCAAGGAUGACCCCCUCUCUCCCCACCAACAACUCCUCUUCUGCCGAGAGGUCCUCCCUUGCCAAGAACCCUGCUUUCGCCAAUAAUCCCUUCGUCAUUGGGAAUUGCAUGUCAACCAAGGAGAGGAAAGAAUACCUGAUGGCAACAGACCCCAGACAUGAGAGCAACAUUGGAUUCUACAGGUUUCCCAAUGAUUUGUUGACUCCCAAGUUGCCGAUCCACUCUGGCACCCCGGUCGCGUCACCGGCUUGGAUUGAAGUGCAGCAGCAACAGCUCACUUGGGUCGACGUCGCUGCGCUGAUCGUCAUCGCCUCUGCGAGGGCAACUCAGCUGUUCUGUACUGACCCUCCUUGGGAUCAUUACAAACUAAUGAGGAAGAUCUUCAAGGCCCUCUUCAAGUCCUUUUGGCAGGGCAUCUCCAUCGUACACAUUUCCAACCCAAGGCGUCCUGCCCCAACUGGUGAACGGAUUAUCAAGUCGACCCACCACUUCAUCCUUGAUCUCCUAGAAUUUGUUCAGGAUGACGCGCUCGACACACAGGCAAGUCUGCUUGUCCCUUGGCUGGGCCUGGCCUCGGACUUCGAGUGCGUGUUCACGCUCAGCUUACGAGCUUGUCGAUCUCUUACUAUAUCCAUCGCUUCUUACGUGUUUCAUCUCCGCCGAUGA